AUGGCAGUUGCAAUGAGAUCGGCCGGUGUUCGAAAGGGUGAUAGAAUUUGUGCUUAUAUUUCAAAUUGUCCUGAAGCCGUGAUUGCAAUGCUUGCUUCUACUAGUAUUGGCGCAAUUUGGAGUAGUGCUUCUCCUGACUUUGGUGUUUCAGGAGUUCUUGAUAGAUUUUCUCAAAUUCGUCCAAAAAUUUUAUUUUCUACAAAUUCUGUCGUAUAUAAUGACAAACCCAUUAAUAUCUUACCAAAGCUUAAACAUGUGGCUGAAAGUUUAGAGAAAGAGGGUCUGGAAAAAGUUAUCGUCGUUCCUUUCAACGAAUUUAAUAAUUAUGAUUUAUCUUCAAUUUCAUUAGCAACUUCUUGGAAUGAUUUUCUGAACAAUUAUUCAGUUGCAGGCUCUAGUUCUGAUGAAAUAGAUUUUGAACAAUUGCCAUUCGAUCAUCCACUCUAUAUUCUUUUCUCUUCCGGAACGACUGGAAAACCUAAAUGUAUGGUUCAUAGGGCAGGGGGAGUGUUAAUUCAACAUAAGAAGGAGCACAUUUUACAUGGGAAUAUGUCUAAAAAUGACUAUAUUCAAAAUCUUCAAGAUUUAAAUUAUAAACCCAUCGAACAGUGUAAUUUACAAUCAAUUAGAAUAAUUUUGUCAACCGGUUCACCUUUAAAAUCUGAAGGCUUUGAUUAUGUCUAUAACUCGAUUAAAAAAGAUGUUUUAUUGGGUGGAACUGACCUUUGUUCGCUGUUUUGUGGCCUUAAUGUUACUCUCCCAGUUUACCGUGGUGAAAUCCAAGCCAAUUGUUUGGGCAUGAAGAUUGAAGCUUGGGAUGGUGAAAGUGGUGUGGUAAUGCUAGGUCGUUCUGAUGGUACUUUAAAUCCAGGUGGUGUUAGAUUUGGUAGUGCAGAAAUUUACAAUAUUGUAGAAAGUUUCUCGGAAGUUCAAGAUAGUUUGGUUGUAGGUCAGAAAAUCGGUGAAGAUGAAAGAGUUGUUUUAUUUUUAAAAAUGUGUGAUGGAAUGAAGUUUAGCGAUGAAUUAGUAACAAGAAUUAAGGCAAAGAUUAGAAAAGACUUGAGUCCUAGACAUGUUCCUAGCUUUGUUUUACCCAUUCGUGAUAUUCCG